AUGGGUGGUCGUUUUAAGUGUCUCACGCCCACCCGUGUCGUGCGAGGUGUCGGACUGGCAUCUAUGGACCUGCCACCGGACAAAGCAAAACUCCUGCGCAACUACGACCUGGAGAAGAAAUGGGAGAUCAUUUGCGACCAGGAUAUGGUUCAAGCAAAAGAUUCCCCGGCGCACUAUUUGAACAAACUCCGAACCUACCUCGAUCCUAAAGCUUCUAGGAGUCAUAGGAAAAGGAAAAUGGUAGGCGACUCGACCUCCACGCAAGUGCUGCGGGAUUUGGAAAUAUCGCUGCGAACCAAUCAUAUUGAAUGGGUCCGCGAAUUUCUAAACGAGCAUAACCAAGGACUAGAUGUCCUGAUCGACUACCUGAGCUUUAGACUAAGUAUGAUGCGGCAUGAACAGAGGAUAGCGCUUGCACGGAGUCAGUCCAGCGAUGGUAUUCAUCAAGUCAACACAACAACCUCGGACUGCAGUGGUCCAACAGAAGGUAGUGCCACCUUAAGCUCCACGUGGAGAAGAAGAGCCAGAUCUGCCGAUUCCGAAAUCGAAGGCGCUGGGAGUCCCGCUGUAGCUCGUAGAAGAACGCGACACGCCGCCAGGCUUAACAUGGGAGCAUCCACAGACGAUAUACACGUUUGCAUUAUGUGUAUGCGGGCUAUUAUGAAUAAUAAGUACGGCUUCAAUAUGGUGAUACAACACAGAGAAGCGAUCAACAGUAUUGCACUAUCUCUAGUGCAUCAUUCGUUACGAACCAAAGCGCUGGUACUGGAACUGCUGGCUGCCAUAUGUCUAGUGAAGGGAGGGCAUCAGAUUAUAUUAUCUGCAUUUGAUAACUUUAAGGAGGUGGUCGGCGAGCCCAGGCGGUUUCACACACUGAUGGAGUAUUUCAUGAACUACGACAGCUUCCAUAUUGAGUUUAUGGUAGCGUGUAUGCAGUUCGUGAACAUAAUAGUACAUUCAGUAGAAGAUAUGAACUUCAGGGUUCACCUUCAGUAUGAGUUUACGGCGCUCAAACUCGACGAGUACCUGGAGAGGUUACGGCUUUGCGAAAGUGAAGACUUGCAGGUACAAAUAUCAGCGUACCUAGACAAUGUUUUCGACGUAGCCGCUCUCAUGGAGGACAGUGAAACCAAAACAGCUGCUCUCGAAAAGGUCAACGAACUCGAAGACGAAUUGGGACAUGCACACGAAAGGCUGGCAGCGUUAGAAAGAGAUGCAAUAGCGAAACUGGCGACGCUCGAAUCUGAGCUUGCUCAGGUUAGGCAAGAGCGGGACCACCUCGCCGAAGCAAGAAGACAGGUUGUUGAAGAGGUGUCCACGUUGCGGCGAGCGCAACAGGAUUCCCGUAACAGACAGUCCAUGUUAGAGUCGAAGGUGCAAGAGCUGGAAUCUCUCACCAAAUCUCUACCUCGGGGUGCCUCAAUGGGUGCAAUAUCCUCCGCGCUCUGUAACGGCAGCAUCCAAAACGGUCCAACCAAUGGCCACGUUUCCCCUCCGCACCUCACAAAUGGGGAUGUACAUUCUCGACUCCCCUCACCACCUGGCCCUCCAGUGCCACCUGUUCCCCCCGUGCCGCAGGUGCCCCAGGCUCCUUCGCCUCCCUUGCCACCUCCGCCCCCGCCUCCCCCAGUGCUAAUCCCUCCUCCCGCCCCACCGGCCCCUCCAGCGCCUGGUCUCAUGCCCGCCCCUCAUCACACAGACGCAAUGACCAUAAAGAGAAAGGUGGAUACGAAGUAUAAGCUGCCAACCUUGAACUGGAUCGCGUUGAAGCCUAAUCAGGUCCGCGGCACAAUAUUCAAUGAAUUAGACGAAGAGCGACCACGUCGAAGGAUUAACUUCUCCGAAUUCGAAGAGAAGUUCCGUAUCGGCGGCGCGUGCGCAGCUCUGCAACACAACGACGAUACUCUGACGUCAUUCCCAAGCAAACGAUUCCGUAAACCAGACACCUUAUCCCUACUUGAACAUACGCGACUUAGGAAUAUCGCGAUCUCAAGGCGGAAACUCGACACGCCGGUAGAAAAAGUAAUUGCAGCAAUAAACAACCUCGACCUGAAACAACUACCCCUCGAGAGCGUAGAGAUCCUUCAACGCAUGGUGCCCACAGAGGCCGAACAGAAAGCGUACAAGGAAUACGUAGCGGAGAAGAAAAACAUCAACCAAUUAACAGAGGAAGACAAAUUCCUGAUGCAACUCGCCAAAGUCGAGAGGAUCUCGGCCAAACUGUCCAUCAUGAGCUACAUGGGAAAUUUCUUCGACAACAUUCACUUAAUAACACCACAGAUACACGCGAUAAUAUCCGGCUCCUCCUCGGUCAAAUCUUCCCAGAAAUUGAGGAACGUCUUGGAGAUUAUUCUCGCGUUUGGGAAUUAUUUGAACAGCAGCAAGCGUGGACCGGCGUACGGCUUCAAGUUGCAAUCUUUAGAUACGUUAAUGGAUACGAAGUCGACGGAUAAGAGGGUGUCGUUGCUGCAUUAUAUCGUGGCGACGAUAAGGCAGAACUUCCCAGAGUUGCUGAGCUUUGAUACGGAGCUGUUGUAUAUCGACAAGGCCGCUCAAGUGUCGCUAGAGAACGUUUUAGCCGACGUAGCAGAACUGGAGCGCGGUAUGGAAGCGGCGAGACGCGAAAGUGAAGCGCGGGACACGCAUCGAUCUGCGCACGCGCACGUACUGAGGGACUUUAUCGCGAACGCGGCGGACAAGCUACGGCGGCUACGGCACGAGACUAAACAUGCACAGGACUCAUUCGCAUCAUGCGUGGAAUACUUUGGCGAGGCGCCACGUGGCUGUGACGCCAAUACUUUCUUCUCGCUUCUCGUCAGGUUUACGAGGGCGUUUAAGCAAGCGGACAUAGAGAACGAGCAGCGUCGUCGACUAGAAAUGGCCGCGCAGCAAGCUGACCACGUCGACCCUAACAAAGUCAAGUUCGUACAGAAGAAACAACAGGAAGCUGUCAUCAACGAAUUAAAAACGAAAUCACAGGCUGUCGGCGAAAAGAAACUACUCCUACAGGACGAAGUAUACAAUGGUGCCUUAGAGGACAUACUACACGGAUUACGAAGUGAGCCGUAUAGACGCGCCGAUGCUGUUAGACGCUCGCAAAGACGCCGAAUCAACUCCCACAGACUAUCCAAAGGCUUAGAAGAGCUGGAUGUAUGA